AUGACGACAUAUAGCCUGCUUCAGGCGCGUUGUUUAGGACCGAACGGAAAGGCAGAUGUUCAGCUGACAGAGAAGGAAGAUGGCGUCUACCUGAUGAAGAUUCGGGCAAAGGAAGCUGGGAAACAUGAACUUGACAUCAAAUAUAAUGGAGAGAAAAUUACAGGCAGCCCGUUUGCAGUAGACAUCGCCCCUGUCCCGACCAGUUCAGGAGGUCCCGAUGCCAAAAAGGUGACGGCGUUCGGACCGGGGCUGAAGCACGGCGUCCUCGGCUCCUGGCGGGGGAACUUCCUGGUGCACACGGCAGGGGCGGGGCCCGGCAAGCUGCAGAUCAAGGUGGACGGGCCCAAACCUGGGUCGUUCAAACUAGAGUCAAGGCCGUUGCCGGAGAAGGACCGCGCAGUCGCGGUGAACUUUACCCCCAAGAUGGUGGGCAAAUACGUCAUCGCCAUCAAAUGGUCGGAAGAGAACAUCAACGAGAGCCCGUUUGAGGUCAUCGUCUUCGGCUCUUCGGACGAGGCGAAGUCUUACGAAAAAUCCCGACAGAGAAGACGGUCAACCAGGUCAAGUUUUGACAAAUCAAGAUAGAAUGAAAAAUGUAACAUAUUAUGAUAAUCGCAGGAUAUUUAGCAUAGCUUUAUGAAGCAUGAUACAUUUCUGUGACAUUAUCCAUGUUAUACAAUUGUACAAAAGGUAACUAUAUAUACUAACUCUAGAGUGCUUUGUCGGUCUGUAAAGCAUUACGACAAGAAACGAACUUCCCAGAAAGCACGAAAUGCUUUGUUUUUACGCAGGGUAUUAAUUAAAACUCAUGCCUUUGAGAUAAAACGGCAAUAUCUUAGCAUACGAGUUUAAUUAGUAUGUCUUUUUUUACCAGUGACACAUGUUGUAUUUAUUUUUUACCUAUUUAUGUAGAUAAUUUGCGACAUAAACAUCUACACAGUGUUAUUAUUCAGUACCAAACUAUCUCCAAACAUAUAUACCACCUGCAUAUAAAAACCAUUGUUGUAAGUUGAAACUGUAAUUUUUACUUACUAGACAGAGCUCCUUGUGACAAUGGAAUAUCGGGCGUUGUAAUCCGUAGUUAUAAGUUGGAGUUGCUUAUGUUGUUAUGGUAGCUAAAAUGCCAUUCAUUAUUUAUUCCACCCUGUAUAUGGCAUACCAAGUCUUCAGACACCAUCAGCCCAUUAUCGUGUAUUUAUUAUCAAACUAUAGCUAUGAAAUGUGCAGUAUUUGUUGAUUGUAUGUAUCCUUAUUAAAUUGUUUUCGUUUUAGUCUCUA